GGAGCUUACACGGUUUCUUCCCCGUGUCUGAAGAUAUGCAGCAAAGGCAAAAAGAGACUGACAAUUUUCAAGGAAUCUCUCAUACGGCUGGGCAAAAAACUCAGAGUGUCCUGUUCCAUCCUGUGAAUUUGGGUAUCCUUUGGCAAGUGCAAAGUUUGGAUAAGCACGGCUUCCUGCCAGCAGCAGAGAUUAAAGUUGUGUGUUUAGAAGAGGAUGGCAGGGACGGGCUGGGUGGAAGUUUUCCCCACAGGCAGGGAACGUGGCAGCUAAGGUCAGGGGCCCGCCACAUCACAGCCCUAAAAAUAUCCCCGCAUUUGAUGCCCCGUCACAGAGCGGUUAUACAAUCUGCGCCUGCCAGAAUUAAACCGCGUCAAUGUUCUGCCUUUAAGGACGGCUUCACAACAAGCUGCCAGGAUGAUGAAAACACAAAUUUCAAGUAGCAAAAUUAAGCUAAUAAAUCAUGUGUGAAAGGAAGCCACAGUGAGAAAAUGGCUUCUCACAAGUCAAAGACCGGCACAGAGAUAAAUGUAACAAAGGAAUCCAGUCCAGUGGAUGAAUAUGUUACACCUGGGGGCUAUGAGCUGGAGAAAAUCCUUAACCGUGGGAGUGUGGCUUACACUCAUGUCAACGAGGUCUGGCCAAAUGUCUACAUCGGGGACGAGGAAACUGCAAAGGACAAGUAUAAUCUGAAGAAGUUGGGGAUUACCCACAUCCUGAAUGCAGCAGAGGGAACGUGGAACAACGUGGACACUGGAGCUGGUUACUACACUGGCAUGGACAUCGUCUACUAUGGCGUCGUCGCAGAAGAUAUCACUACAUUUGACCUCAGCCAGUAUUUCUUCUCUGCUGCUCAGUUUAUAGAAGCAACACUGAGCAAUCCUCAGCAUAAACUGCUGGUGCACUGUGUCAUGGGAAGAAGCCGUUCUGCCACGCUUUUCCUUGCCUACCUCAUGAUCUGCAAAAACAUGACGGUGGUUGACGCCAUCGAGCAUGUGAAAAACCGCAGAAGGAUCAUCCCCAACUGGGGCUUCCUGAAACAGUUGAGAGAGCUGGACAUGCAUCUGCUGGAAAAAAGGGAAGACUUCACAGAGAAGAGCUGAUUUUAAGAGCUUGUCAGGAGAAGCCUCGGAUUGAAGUUUGGUUUCAGUACGGUUUCAGAGACAAGUUUCAUUCUAGGGCAACAAAGUCUGGUAAUUUACACAAGUCUAAAUAAGGUCAAACAGUAAAACAAGUUAAAGUGGCGUCUCACUUUUAUAAGAUACAAUUUCAAAGUCAUUUUUGGCAAGCCCAAGUUCUGUCACAAGUCUUUUGGGACAAGUUCUUGUGUAAGUACCAUUCCCAUCUGCCCUUUUCCAAUACAAGUUGUACAAUUCAAGAUAUUAGUCACUUUAGACAAGUCAUAAUUGAGUCACAGGUCAAUUGAGAACAGUUUAGAUCAGAAGACAUUUGAGUCAAGUACAAACCAGUCACAAGUCAUCCAAGUUUCUGUUAAGUAUCAGAGAAUAUUUCAAACCAAAUAUCAAGGAAUUGAGAAUGGUCUAAAUUCAUCUCAUGUCAUUGAAGUUUCACAGUCAUUUGAGAUAAAUCCAGUUUAGGUCUGAAGCACUUUGAGACAAGUCAAAGUCACAUCUUUAGUCAUUUGAGAACAGAAGAAGACAAACAAAAGUCAUUUAAUUUUAGACAAGUUCCUGUACAGUAAAUUUAGGACUCAAGCCAUAU